AUGCCGGUGUGCAACUAUUUUGGCAUAGCCUGCCAGAAUUGGCGCGUCGAAAGGCUUGUGCUGUCGUGCAACGGCGUGGAAGCUGCAUGCGCAGCACUGCAGGGAAGCCUGCCUGAGGAAAUUGGCAACCUCACAGAGCUCAGAGUGCUGGAUCUCCAGAGGAAUCAACUGCGGAGCACGAUUCCAGAAGCAUUGGGGCGACUCACCAAUUUGGAGGCAUUGCGGCUGGCCUCCAACAGAUUUUAUGGAUACAUGUCCCCCAAAUGGGUCAACAUGACUGCUCUGCGCGUGCUGGACGUCCGCCAGAAUGCACUGACUGGUGUUCUCCCUGUGGCCUGGGGAGCAUUUGAGAACCUGAUGGUGCUGCACGUGGAUCACAAUUCACUGAGCGGCUACCUGCCAGCCUCCUUUGGCAACCUCCGAGACCUUCGCAUUCUGGCACUGGGGAACACUGCCAUUGUGGGGCCGCUGCCUGUGUCAUGGGCCAACAUGACGAGCCUUCGGGCGCUGGAUGUGAGCAGCAACUGUGGCAUCUGUGGGAACCUCCCUACUUUCCCGCCAUCGGUGCUGGCAAAGCUGCAGGUGGAGUCGCAGGGGUCCGGCCUCGGUUGGACAUGCAACAAGAACGCAUGCGCACAAUUCCCCAUUAGUAUCCUUGCUCAGGCUGUAAUUUGCAUGUCCAUCGUGGGCGGCUUGAUCCUGCUGUGCUUGGUGCGGCGCGUCCUCUUCCACUACUACCCUGGGCUCAUCAUCCUGUCCCCGACCGCAAUGUUACUGCAUCGACAGAGAGGAACUGCACAAGCAGCGCGCAAUGCACAGGAGCUAGCUCAGCAGACCAGCAAUAUGGAAGCGGGGUGUGCGGCAGGGAACAAACGCUCCUCAGCUGUGUUUCUGAACCCAGACAGCACCUACAGCUAUGCGUUGAAAGAGGAGGAGCCCCGCUCAUCCGAGCAAAACGCACGGAAUGCUCAGCAACCUGAUAACAUCAGUACUGUCGUGCCACAAAACGCACAGAUACCUGUGGAUGGGGUACCACCGCUAGAGGAGGCUGCCAAUGGGCAGCCCCCCCUGAGGCAGAGCAGGAGCAGGGCCCCUGGUGCAGCUGUGGCGCUGCUGCACAGCGAUGCAGAACGGCGCGAAUUCAUAUCUGCAGGCGCAGCCGCCGGCCUCGCGGCGGCGUUUGGCGCUCCCAUUGGCGGCGUGCUGUUCUCACUGGAGGAAGCCACAACGCACUGGUCGCGCAAGGUUGCCUGGCGCUGCUUCGUGUGCUCCACCACUGCUGUCUUCACACUGGCCCAGCUGCACCCCAGGUGGAAGCAUGGUGUGCUGUCCUUCCAAGGGCUGGCAGACCUGGAGAACAAGGAGUGGUUUGAGCAGCUCCCCUUCAUUGUGGCUGUGUCUGUGGCGGCCGGGCUGCUUGGUGCCAUCUUCAAUAAGGCACACAAACGGAUCUUCAAGUGGCGGGCCCCUAGAACAAACAACACAGCGCGACUGCUGGAGGCUGUGGGGCUGGGCAUGUUCACAAUAGCCGCCAUCUUCCUCCUCAGCUAUCUGUUUGGGGAGUGCGUCGAUGUGCCUGCCUGGCAUGAGCAGGGUUUUGGAUUCACCUUCCAUUGCACAGGAGGCAAGUACAACGAUCUGGCAACAGCAUUCCUGGCCAACCCUGACGAGACCAUAAAGCACAUCUUCAGCCUGGGGCGGCUGUCCCCCAAGUUUGAGGUGUGCGAGGGGUCCAAUUGCUACUUCACGCUGCGCUCCCUCUUCAUCCUGACAUCCUCCUACCUCGUCUUCAUGGUCCUGCUCGGCGGCAUCGUCAUCCCUGGAGGCCUCUUCAUGCCCUCAAUCAUGGUGGGGUCCUCGUUUGGGGCGAGCAUGGGCCUGCUGCUGAUGAAGUGGCUGCCGGACUGGAACAUCCAGCCGGGCGUGUAUGCCAUGUGCGCCGCGGCCGCCAUGCUGGGCGGUGUCUUCAGGUCCUCCAUCAGCCUCGUUGUCAUUGUGGUGGAGGGCACCCAGAGCACCAAAUUUAUCAUUGGAAUCAUCAUAGCGGUCAUCUGCAGCAAUUGGGUGGGGGAGGCCAUAAACUACGACGGCAUCUAUGAGACAGACCUGGAGGCGGACGGCUCUGUCAUCUUCCUGCGCCCCUCUCCGCCGCAGGCCCUCUUCACAAAGACAGCCGGCGACAUUGCAGCACCGGCCGUCUGGUGCUUCCGGGAGAUAGAGCGGGCGGACUAUGUGCUGGACGUGCUGACGCGCUACCGCCACAACGGCUUCCCAGUGGUGCGCGGCUGCGCAGGCGCGGCCGAGCGGGACAGCGGCGAGAUUGACGCGGCCGGCCGCGGCGCGUCCCGGGGCGGCCCCCUGCAGGGCCUCAUCCUGCGCAGCCAGAUCCUGGUCGUGCUGCGGCACCAGGUCUUCUGUGAUGAGGCGGGGGUCCCAGUGACGGCGCUCCCCGACGCGGAUGUGUCACUGCAUGAGCAGGCGCUGGACUCCCAGAUGCGCGCCUUCUUCCGCCUCACCUCAUUCUCCCACAGGCGCAGCCUCGCAUCCACUCCAAGUGCGUUGGCGGCAGCAAAGCAGGCGCUGAAGGAGAGGACCAUGUCGCGCUCCCGCAGCUCUCCAGCGCUGCGGGGGUUGGCGAUUGACGCCUCGGGUCUGAACGAGGACGGCGGCAGCAGCAACCCCAGCAUGCACAGCGCGGACGACGUGCUAGUCGCGCGCAGCAGCUCGCCGCUGCCGGACAGCACCGCCCGCAUCCCCUCCGUGGCCAAUAAUACAGGGGUGUAUGAUGUGGGGAAUGGCGGCAGGAGGCUGAGCUGGCGCGCCAAUGCAGCAGAGGCGGCUGUGGCAGGCUCGGGGGAGAACAGCUUGAGCGAUGGGGAGCAGAGGGGUUUUAGGAACAGGGUCACGUUCACGAAUGAGCCAGAGGCGUUAUUGGAGGAGCAGGAGGCGCAGGUGCCUGAGACACCGGCGGAGCGGGCGCAUGCAAUGUUCACGCUGCUGGGCUUGCGGCACAUGUGUGUGGUGGACGAGAACAGCCGAGUGCGAGGCAUCAUCACGCGCCGUGACCUGGACUAUGCCGCCGGCCACGGCGCCUGGCGCCGCAACAAGAUGGCCCCCGCACCCGACCCCGUGUCGCCCUCAGGCAAGGCUGCUGCCUCCAAAAGAUCUAGCAAAGAAUUGGCACAGAUAAACGUCGCGCAGUGGAGUCAAGACAUUGUCUUGCUUUACCUGAGUUGGGUGCCUGCAUGCUGA